AUGUCUCUUAUUCAUGCGCUAGUAGCUCAAGGGUCCACCAUCCUUGCAGAGCACCAAGGCGGACAACGUGACUUCUCGCAAGCGACUCAAACUAUCUUGUCGAAGAUUCCACCAAAUAACAGCAAGCUGACGUAUGUGUGGGAACAAUACCUCUUCCAUUAUGUUUCCGAAGGAGGGUACACAUACCUGGUCAUGGCGGACGACUCCGCAGGACGGCGGAUGCCUUUCACCUUCCUGGCUGAGCUCCAGCAGAAAUUCAUUUCCUUCUCCGCUGCAUCUUCCUCCUCACUCUCCACUUCGCCUGCCUAUGCACUCCAGGGAACUUUCGGACCAGUCAUCGCGCAACUCAUGAAUACAUAUAACACCACACCUCCUGCCGACGAGCUCACGCGCGCGCAGUCGGAGCUGGCGCAAGUGAAGGACAUCAUGGUGCAGAAUGUAGAGCAGAUCCUCUCGCGUGGGGAGCGCAUCGAGCUGCUGGUGGACAAGACAGAUAACAUGGCGAGUCAGGCGACUGCAUUCCGCCGAGGUGCACGUACGGUGCGUCGGGGUAUGUGGUGGAAGAACACGCGCAUUAUGGGCUUGAGCGGUGUCGUGGCCUUGGUUUUUAUUUGGAUAAUCACUGCUCAGUUCUGUGGUGCUGGCUUGAACCAGUGUGGGGCGAAGUCAUAG